AUGAGCAGUCGGCGCCAACAAGCAUGUGAGGCUUGUCGUGCUCGCAAAUUGCGCUGCUUGCCAGGCAGCACAACGGAUACUUGCAAGCGAUGUGAGAGUUCCCGAACCACUUGUGUACCGCACCGGCCAAUCAAGAGAAGGGCACCAUCGAGAAGGAGAGGAGGCUACAGGUUUGUUGAUAAGGUUAUCGAUAGCCCAGGGUCUGCUCUGCCAGAGGAGCAUCAACAAAAUGUCCUUGCAACGGAUAAACUGGACAGCACGAAUCCAGCUGAACCCAGAAUACCAGCUGGGGUGGACGACCCGUCCGUCCGGACCUUCGGCCAGAUAUUGCUCGAGCAGCUGCACAUUGAGCAUUACCAGAGCAGAGAAUGGGCCGCCUUCGAAGCCAUGACCCACGAACGGUGUCUUACGAUUCUGGGCCAUUAUAGCAAGCGGCUGGUUCCAGCAGUACCAUUCGCAUUGAUCUUGCCAGACUGGCCGCUUGAGGACCUCGUCUUCAAAUGGCAUCCAGUACUGCUGCUGGCAAUGAUAGUCGCCGGAAGCAGCUGCUAUCUUGACCUCCAGAGGCAAGCAGACACGAUCUUCCGUACUGUCCUCGCAGAUAGGGUCAUUGUGAAGGGAGAACGCAGUCUUGAGCUGUUUCAAGCACUUCUCACCUGUCUUGCAUGGUAUCAACACAGGUUCGACCCGAGGACACAGCAAUUCUAUCAACUGCUACAGCUGGCCAUCGCAAUGGCUGCCGACCUCGGACUCGCAAAGAGCUUUGCUUCCACAGCCGAAAACCACAAGGAUAAUGGAGACAUGCACCCGAUCCAGUCAUUGGACGAACUCAACGAAAUCCGAGCAUUCUCACUCGCGUACUACCUUAACUGUGGCGCCGCUGUUCUCGGUUACGACCGACCCGAGAACAUGCAUUGCAUACGCAGUUUGCGGAAUGCAGCAGAUAUAUUGGCUCGGUCGUCAUUCAUGCCACUUCCCCUCGACAUCGAAGGGCCGGGAAUCAUCGAGCUGAUGCACAUCGCGGCCCAGCACCGGGCGUCCCUAAAUGCCCUCGAGAAUGAGGAGAUACUGCAGCCCUGCGACUGUCACGCGGCCACGGCGUUGAAAUUAUGGGAAAGCAAGUACUUACGUGCCAGCACUCCGUGUGUGGUAAAAUCGAGUUACCACUUUAUAUCCACUUACCUGCUGCUCAAGCCGCUCGGUGGACACCACCAGGCACCUUCGCCAACGGAUAUCGUCAGCUGCUUGGACCUCUUCCAGGCUCAGCUGCGCAAUAUUCUCGACCAAGGACCGGUCUAUCUGGUCAUGUUUGGACUCAUUGAGUGGGCUCCCAUCUUGACAUAUCUGUAUCUUCUUCCGAGGCUGGAGGUGUCGGCUGUCGUCUCUGCACCAGUCGGUCUGACGGCCGAAGAUCGAACCCCGUGCACAACGAGGAUGAUUUCCCGGUUUCGGGCGCAGUUGGACCGUCUCAGGGCCGAAGCGUUGAUCGAUCCCACUUUGAACGCUUACAACUUUUUCUCGUGGCUGGAGCGCAUCUUCUCCGCCAUUGAACAGAAUGCGUUGGCUCUGCAGGCUCCUCAUCCCCUGCAUGUGCCGCAUGCAACUGUGAACGGCGGCGAUUCGGCAUAUGACAUUCUUGAUCCUUUCCACCAUCCUGAUGGUCGUCGUUCGUCCCAGCAGCAACGUCAGGCCACCCCCAAUAUGGAUAGUGUUUGGGUUGACUUUAUGUCAGAUUGGCUGCAGUGGUGA